AUGCAGUGUGCUGAGACAGCAAAGUUGCAGACUGAGAUGUUGCCAACUCCUCAAUGCCAUGGGGUUUUCUUGUCUAACAAGGAAAAUUCCCCAUUGCCUUGUGACCCUCACCCAUCAGAUGCUUGGCUUAGGAAUCCCACUUGGAUUGAUGGAGGUGUUAACCCUCCUUAUUUUUACCAUUCGCAUACUGAAAUCGAGGAGGUUUAUUAUAGCACUGCCAGUGGGCACCUGGUAUCAGCCACAAUGCUCAUUGGUGGCAAGGCAGGUGCUUUGACUAUUGAGAAUGACCACAAUUUUGAUGUUGCUCACACUGCUUUGUUGAAGAAAAAGGACACCUGUGUUGUAAAUGUAGAAUUUGAAAUUGAUACCAUGAAUGAGUUCAGAAUCCAAAAACAGGCUCUUCCACAGAGUGAGGCAAUCACUCAUCAAGAUGAGGAACUGCCAUAUGGAACCAAGGUCCCUCACAUUGAGUCAUUUUCAGAGGAGUCUCAGAUUCAUGGUACCAUUAUUAUGCAACUGAAGCAGAAGUGGUCAUGCAAGAAACAUCUCAGCAAACAUGGUGAACCUGGCAACUGUUAUGCCACUGCUGAUGCCACAAAGCACAAGCCACCAAACACAGUUGACUUUGAUGUCCUACAUGAUGGCCAGCUCAAUGCUAUCAAGCCACAUGGCCAUACAGCUCCCAAGGCCAUCCUUAAUGCCACCCCAGUUUGCUCUUGUCAUGAAGCUUCCCCUCCACUCUCACCAAUUCCCACUGCUGGUACAGAGAUAUAG